GACAGAGCUCAGUUCCAUCCACACCCUCUGGAGAGCACCAGAAAUUCCUCCAUCACGGGCCCUCGGAAGGACCCCGACCUCCAACCUAGCCUGGGCAGAGAGGCCGAGGAGGGUGGGUAUCUGGACGGAGAUGGAGGUAGCCCUAUAGAGGACUCUCAGACUGUGGAAUUGCUGGGUCAGGAUGAUGGAAACGCUAGUGCCACACCCACCUCACACCUCCCUCAGCAGAGAACACACAUGGCAGGUAAUAGCACGGUAGACCUGCUUGCUUCAAUGGUAUUGUUGAUUGUCCUCAUCUGAUGUGUGUAUCAUUGUAUGUCAAAGAUGCUAAGACAAUCAGUAACAUGUUAUAUUCCUUAAUCUAUCCAGAAUUUCCUCUGAGACAGAAAGGUGUUUUGUAGAUGAAGUUCAUGUGUGCUCAUCUGAGACAGUCCAGCCAAUACAUAAAUCUGCCCACAACCCAGAACCCCACACCAGGGGAUGAGCUGACCCCUAUCUACCCAGAGCUGGCCCGCUGGAUCAGGCUUCGUGCCCAGAACCUCAAGCUCCGCCAGAGUGACGUGGACCUGAUCAACCAUCUCCAGGAAGAAGCCUGCUGGUCUUCCUCAAAAACCGUGACGAGCAGUCCUACUUCCAGUCAGCCUCUUUACUCAGCAGUGGUUCAUACAACUAGAUGGUCAAGGUAACUCACACCAUGAGACAGGAUGUGUCUCUGGCAGGCGGCUCAUUUAAAACACAUUUUUAGUCAUUUUAGCAGACGCUCUUAUCCAGAGCGACAUACGGUUAGUGCAUUUUAUUUAUUUUUUCAUACUGGCCCCCGUGGGAAUCGAACCCACAACCCUGGCGUUGCAAGCGCCAUGCUCUACCAACUGAGCUACACGGGACUACACAUGAACACAAGAGAAUAACCAACAGCAAAUUAUCCACAUUUUCACUAAAGGUGUGUUUUGAUAAACAUGGAUUAACCUUGAGUGACUGAUUAGGCAGUAUCGAUGAGCUAAUACUGAACCUUAUUUUAUACUAACAGCCACCCACACACCAAUGCCCCACCUUAACGCUGAUAGGAAUGUUUACUGUCCGUCAACAAAUUCUUUCCACAAACAUAUACAGCAAAAAACGAUCCUCACCCCCAGACAAAUAGUAUCACAUACUGUACAUAAUAGGGAAAUAUGACAUGCAAACAUGGAGGUCCUUGUUCUUCUUGUGUUGAAUGUCAAGUCUUGCUGUUUGUAAGUUUGUAAGUUCAUCUGUUUCUGUCAAACCUGCCCUUUAGAUUCAGUGAGUAUACUUUACUGUUAUUAUAAUCCUGUGAAUGAAACUAAAUAGUAUGUAAAUAGUACCUAUUGCCAUUGUGUGCCAACAGAUCCACAACCCAAAUGAGUUUGACAUGAUGCUGAAGCUCCAGUCUCCUUCCCGCCUCAAAAUGACUGAGCUGGAUCAAUACCACGGCCUCUUCUAUGAAGUCGCCCUAUCCCGAUCAACCCGUUCCCACAUACGGUCUUUCCUAUUGGACGAUGGGCUCACCAUCUCAGCCAGCAAGAUCAUAAGUGAAAUGCACCGUCUGGUCCGCAAGUUCAUCAGGACCUACAGAGGUGUGGUAACUGGUCUAUAUUCACCUGAGAGUAUACGAAUGUAGUCAUACAAAUGCUCGCAUGCCCAUACUGUAUAUCUUGUCCAACUGGUUUGUCUGUGGAUGCUAUGUUGUUGAGGGGUCAAUAUGAUUAUUUGAGCCUUAGAGGUCGGUGUGUCCACAUCUCCAACCACCUAUAUAUAUAAUAGUAAUAUAAAUAUGACAUGACAUUGCAUGCGUUUGUGUGUUCUUUGAUCACCAGUGCCUGGAAAUAGCUGGCGUUGUGUUGUGAAUAGGAAGCGUCCAAACUCCCCAGCAGUGACCCUUUCCCUGUUGUAGGUGGAUAAUGGGAAACAGGAAGUAGUUUCUGUGGAUGUACAGUGAGGGAAAAAAGUAUUUGAUCCCCUGCUGAUUUUGUAUGUUUGCCCACUGACAAAGAAAUGAUCAGUCUAUAAUUUUAAUGGUAGGUUUAUUUGAACAGUGAGAGACAGAAUAACAACAACAAAUUCCAGAAAAACGCAUGUCAAAAAUGUUAUAAAUUGAUUAGCAUUUUAAUGAGGGAAAUAAGUAUUUGACCCCCUCUCAAUCAGAAAGAUUUCUGGCUCCCAGGUGACUAUUAUACAGGUAACGAGCUGAGAUUAGGAGCACAUUCUUAAAGGGAGUGCUCAUAAUCUCAGCUUGUUACCUGUAUAAAAGACACCUAUCCACAGAAGCAAUCAAUCAAUCAGAUUCCAAACUCUCCACCAUGGCCAAGACCAAAGAGCUCUCCAAGGAUGUCAGGGACAAGAUUGUAGACCUACACAAGGCUGGAAUGGGCUACAAGACCAUCGCCAGGCAGCUUGGUGAGAAGGUGACAACAGUUGGUGCGAUUAUUCGCAAAUGGAAGAAACACAAAAUAACUGUCAAUCUCCCUCGGCCUGGGGCUCCAUGCAAGAUCUCACCUCGUGGAGUUGCAAUGAUCAUGAGAACAGUGAGGAAUCAUCCCAGAACUACACGGGAGGAUCUUGUCAAUGAUCUCAAGGCAGCUGGGACCAUAGUCACCAAGUAAACAAUUAGUAACACACUAUGCCGUGAAGGACUGAAAUCCUGCAGCGCCCGCAAGGUCCCCCUGCUCAAGAAAGCACAUAUACAGGCCCGUCUGAAGUUUGCCAAUGAACAUCUGAAUGAUUCAGAGGAGAACUGGGUGAAAGUGUUGUGGUCAUAUGAGACCAAAAUGGAGCUCUUUGGCAUCAACUCAACUCGCUGUGUUUGGAGGAGGAGGAAUGCUGCCUAUGAUCCCAAGAACACCAUCCCCACCGUCAAACAUGGAGGUGGAAACAUUAUGCUUUGGGGGUGUUUUUCUGCUAAGGGGACAGGACAACUUCACCGCAUCAAAAGGACGAUGGACGGGGCCAUGUACCGUCUAAUCUUGGGUGAGAACCUCCUUCCCUCAGCCAGGGCAUUGAAAAUGGGUUGUGGAUGGGUAUUCCAGCAUGACAAUGACCCUAAACACAUGGCCAAGGCAACAAAGGAGUGGCUCAAGAAGAAGCAUAUUAAGGUCCUGGAGUGGCCUAGCCAGUCUCCAGACCUUAAUCCCAUAGAAAAUCUGUGGAGGGAGCUGAAGGUUCGAGUUGCCAAACGUCAGGCUCGACACCUUAAUGACAUGGAGAAGAUCUGCAAAGAGGAGUGGGACAAAAUCCCUCCUGAGAUGUGUGCAAACCUGGUGGCCAACUACAAGAAACGUCUGACCUCUGUGAUUGCCAACAAGGGUUUUGCCUCCAAGUACUAAGUCAUGUUUUGCAGAGGGGUCAAAUACUUAUUUCCCUCAUUAAAAUGCAAAUCAAUUUAUAACAUUUUUGACAUGCGUUUUUCUGGAUUUUUUUGUUGUUAUUCUGUCUCUCACUGUUCAAAUAAACCUAUCAUUAAAAUUAUAGACUAAUCAUGUCUUUGUCAGUGGGCAAACAUACAAAAUCAGCAGGGGAUCAAAUACUUUUUUCCCUCACUGUAGUUCCCGCCCUGGAAGUGCCCUCCUCACAGGGCUGGCCUCUGGCUGCCCGCACCGGCCCAGAUGUGGACAACUGGCUGGGGAAGAAGACUCGGCGCUCUCUCACCCACUAAACUUGCUUCUUUGUACCCAAGAAACCACAGGGGCGUAACCUUAGUGAGGCAGCUAAAGGUGUGCGCAUCAUUGUUGUUUUGUGCCAGAGCCAUAUAUGUAUGACUCUGGAUGUGGAUCGUUUUUGUCAUGACUGAUACAUUGAAUGUGAAUGUUAUUUUCCCUUUCAUUGAAAUGUUGCUGCUUUGUCUCCUGCAGAGAGUUGGAGGAUUUCCUUUUCUCACAUAGAAAAGGAACUAAUCAAGACUCAUGGGAACAAGAGGACCUGCUGUGAGAGCUCUGCCACCAGAAUUCACUCUACUACACCAUUUACUAUCACCUGUGACUCAUUUAGCCCUAAUACUGAACAAAUACCUUUAUGUGAAGUGAUCGAUAUAAUGAACAAUACCUCUCUCUCCUCCUCUCCUUUAGUAAGAAGUGCUUCAAGCUCCUCAAGUGUCUGAUCGAAGGACUGAAGCAACGCUACCCUCAAGAGCUGAAUGCUCUGUGCUCCUACUACGGGAAAACAGCCUUCCUACACACCCCUCUCCAUCAGUGCCCAGGACUGCCUGUGGGUGCCCCGUCAGCAGCCUGAGUGCUUCAUGCACCUCCUAGGGGCCCUGGAGGGCUAUGCAAGGAGUGGCUCUUUGUCUCAACCUCCAACCUCUUCGCCCCAUCGACCUUCCCACGCAAAGCUCUGGUGUUUCUGACUGAGGCUCUGGAGGAGCAGAGAAGACAGGGGCUUCCCCUUUUAACGCCCCUAGCUCCUGCCCCACCACUGGCAGUACACUCCGACAGUAACUCCCAGCCCCAGCUAUCACCUGUUGUACAGCCUCCUGUUAUCCAGCCACCCCAAGUUAUUGAGAUAAAAUCCUUUGAGCAAAUGUUCAAAAUUGUGGCUUUGGUUGUGGCUCUUGUCUCUGUUUGUUACCUUCUG